AUGGAGACAUUGGCUGUGUCCGAAUACCUGUACGUGGGUCCUAAGGAGCCUUUUGGACCCAGACUUGGCACUCCAAGAGAGGAGAGAUCUGGGAACGCAGUGAGGAUGCCAGUGCAGCAGAUCUCCGUGGUCCCCGCUCGGGAGAUGGCCAAUAACGGCCGGAGCGCCCCUCGCUCCAAAGACAAGACCGAGAGUAUUAAAGGUCCAGGUCGGUCAGGCAGUCGAUCCAGCAACAUCUUGAAGGCCAGCAGUUCUACAACAGGAUUGGCUCCUGGCAGUGUUUCGAGGACAACUCCCUCCUCUCAGGACAUCUGCAGGAUCUGCCACUGUGAAGGAGACGAGGAGUGUGUGUUGAUAACUCCGUGCCGCUGUACAGGCAGCAUGAGGUUUGUUCACCAGGACUGUCUCAACCAGUGGAUCAAGUCAUCAGACACACACUGCUGUGAGCUGUGCCAAUACAACUUCAUCAUGGAGACUCACCUUAAACCUCUACGUAAGUGGGAGAAGCUCCAGAUGUCGACCAAUGAGAGGAGGAAGAUCUUAUGCUCCCUGAUGUUCCACCUGGUGGCCAUUGGUUGUGUUCUCUGUUCCGUAUACGUCCUCGUCAACAGAACCCUCCACGAGAUCAACCUGGGACGCAACACCGACGACAUGUGGAGAAUAUCAGUGAUGAAGUACUACACUGCUGAGGGUGUGUUGGAGUGGCCAUUCUGGAUGAAGCUGGUCAUCGUGGCGAUAGGCAUGGCAGGCGGACUGGUGUUCAUGUACGUCCAGUGUAAAGUGUACUGGUUGCUAUGGAGACGACUCAAAGCCUUCAAUCGCAUCAUCACUGUGCAGAACUGCCCCGAGAAGCCGCCGCCCACCAAUGCCGCGCUGGCCAAUGGGAAUCACCCUGAGGCCGUGGAAGUCCCGAUAGGCCCCGCCCCCGAGGUUAUCCAGAUGGACUCCGACCUCUCGGAGGAAAACCCCGUCUGACACCCACACACACACACACCCACACACACACACCCACACCCACACCCAC